GUCAGCACUGACUUGUCAGUGGACUGACGUCAGUUACUGACUCAAUGUAAAUCAGCCAUUAAUCAUCCCUAGUCGUUUUUUUGCGACCCGGACGCUCGCUACUUUUGUGCUGUUUUAUUUGCGAUAUAGACGCUUGUGAUUUUUGUGCAUCAUGCCUAAACGGUGUGCAUUGGGAUGUUCAAACUACCUCUCCUACCAUAGAUUUCCGCACCCAGAAAGGAAUCCUGACCGUUUUAAGGCUUGGGUUCAUAUUGUUGGUGGGAAGUUGGAUAGUCCUGCUGAUUACGAACUGUAUCGGAAGAAGGUUAUUUGUGAUAUCCAUUUUACAGACAGAGAUAGAAUCCGUAACAACCGCUUGAAUUUUAUGGCCGUGCCCUCACUUCAUCUUCCUGGCCAGUCUGAUAAUGUUGGUUCUUCAGAGCAAGUUUUUCUUGCACCUGAACAUAUAAAUGAAGAAAGCAGCCUCACAAUAUUGAAACAAAUGCAAAUAGGCAAGUUUGAUAAAGUUGGUUCUUCAGAGAGAGUUUUUCUUGUACCUGAACCUCUAAAUCAAGAAAGUAACCAUGCUAUAUUAAAACCGUCACUCACAGAUAACUCUGCUAGACCGAUAUCAUCAGAACACGAUUAUUGCCAGAAGAAGGCAACAGAUAAAUACAAAAGACCACAGGGCCGGGUGUUUCCGUCAUUGUGGUUAAACAAGUUACGAACAACAAGGAGGCAAAUUAAAACCUUGCAGUGUAAUUUAACGAGAACAAAAAAGAAAAAUGAAAGCCUUCAAAUGAGACUGCCUUCGAAUCCAGAGCUGCGUGCAAAAUGGUUGAAAGCCGUCGGCCGCCCAAACUGGACAGUUCCCAGUUACGCUAGAGUAUGCAGUGUGCACUUUGAUCAGGAUCAAAUAAAUUAUGAUGGCCAUAGAGUAAGGCUUAAAGAUGAUGCUGUUCCUCUUAAUUUGUUGCCAUCAAAUUCAAAUUUUGAAGCUUCCGAUGUGGAAGCGUGCCGGAUCUGCUUGGCCACAGACAUCAAGUUGUACAGUCUACAGGGCACAUACCUGGCCACUUGCAUGCAGGCCCUAGUUGGAAUUUCUCGAAAAGGCUUGGGUAUAGAAGGCUUGCCACAAUUUGUCUGCUGCCUCUGCACACCAGCUUUAGUAAAAUGCAAGAAACUCAUUGAACAAUGCUCAAAAUCUCAGAACAUACUUCUGGAUAUAUUUAACAAGCAUGGAGAGGUUAGUGAAAGGCUGAUCAAGGAACAAACCAGUACCCAAAAUAAGGCUACUAUAGAAAAUGAACAGUUAUUUGAAAACAAUGACCUUAUUAAGAUCAAGACAGAAUCAAAACUCCUAAAUAAUGAUUAUGAUGAUGAAGACUUGUAUUUUGAGAAUGACGACGAUUCUAAUACAUAUAUUUACACACAGAUAGUUGAAUCUAAGGACUAUAAAAUGGAAGAAAAUGAUGAUGAUGAAAUAAGUGAUGUUCAUGAGACUGAAAAGACUAAUGUUUGUGAAGACACUGUUAAUAGCAGUACUGAUAAAGAUUCAAGUUUUAAUAGACAGGAUGAAAAACCGAGCACCAAGCCAACCCAAGUUAUAAGUCCUAGCAACAUCUGCAGGCGAUGUGGUGAGGAGUUCUCGUCAUUCAGAGACAUGAUGAGUCACAUGAAGGCGCAGCACCCGCGUCCGAGGCUGCAGCACCCGUGGAGGGGAGAUAAGCCCUAUCCUUUGCCUUGCGAAAUUUGCGCAGAAAUAAUGACGGGUCGCAAGAAGCACUGGCUGCACUUUCUGCGACAGCAUCCGAAGCACGUGAACACAUACCACGCGGUAAUUACGGCCGUCUGUGAUACUUGCGGGAAAGGAUUUCAGAAUUCAACAAAACUCCGCGUCCAUCAAAUGCGUCACCGCAGCCCGACGUUACAAUGUGAGAGUUGUCCGCGCCUCUUCUACGACAAGUACAAGUUGGCGCGUCACGCUCGCGUGCACAGCGCGGACAAACCGCACGUGUGUCGCACGUGUGGGAGGGCCUUUAAGCAGCAGAGUAAUCUGGAUCGACAUUAUAAGGUUCAUACAGACGUCGCUUCCUACAAAUGUACAAUAUGCGACAAAGCCUUUAAAUACUCGUCGAGUAGAAACUUGCAUAUUCGCACCGUGCACCAAAAUGUGAGUCACCCGACUAGGAAGAAAAGAAGCAAGUCCACAAAUGAUGAUGAUGUUGAUGCUGAUGAGUCGUAGAAAAUAUAAAAAUCCUUCAAAUUAUAUCUUAUAUUUAUGUUAACGUCUAUCUAUACUAAUAAUAGCAUAUGUAUUUACUAGUUAAUGUGUGCAAAAUGUUGAUGUUGUUUUAUGGGAUAAGGGCAGGAGGAUGAUGAUGUUUUAUAUGUAUAACUUCCUGUUACUUUUUUAUACAUAAUUAUGUAGUAUCGUUUGUUUUCCCAAAUAUAAUAAAAUAAGAGAAUACAGAGGACA